AUGUCUUGGAGGGUCGAUAAACUGAAGAAGCAAAAGCUUCCGACAUUUUUCACAAGAACUGUGGUUGUUUGGGGCCUCACAGAGGAGCAGAAGACGGCUGAAUUUGUCAAGGAUCAUCUGUGCACACAGGGAAAGAUCGAAACGAUAACAAUUAUCAAGAAAAAACAAGCAAUCAAGGUUCGAUUUCGCCACCAAGACGACGCGAUCAAAGUCCGAUCGAACAAAAAACUCUUCAAAGAAUGGCCAAAUAUCUACUUGAAAUACGGAAAGGAUGAAAGAUCAGUUUCCAUCGCUCCAAAUCUUGACGAAGAACUCGCUGAUUUAGCCAAUUUAGCAGGGUCAUUUUCUUUCGCCUCGGCAAAAGAUCAAGAAAAUGCUUCGACAAAGUCGCUGGAAGAUUCGCUGAUGCUCGACGACGCUGAGGAAAUGUCGAUCGCAGCGACUUCUGUGACGGGCUUGUCGGAACGAGGGGCGUUGAUGAAGAAACUGCAGAAGCAUUCGAAGAUUCAAGAAAGCAUGCAGGAAGAAAUGGACGUUGCCUCGAUGAUAAGCUCGAAGAUUAAUGCACUGCCUCCAACAUUCCACGAAUUCACAGUCCCAGAAAACGAGCGCAUCAAUUUGGAAGAAAUUCUCGCCGAAAAACUUCUCGAUAACGAACUCAUGGACGGAAUCUCAACAGCGAUAAAAUGCCGCUUCGUCAUUCUUUCUCCCGUCGCUUGGGUUCCCUGGAUCAAAGCGCAUCUUGGACUCGAUUCUGACAUGGUCCACGUGAUCAAGGAUCAAUCCAAGAUUUUCAUCAGACUUUUUAGCUGGUCUGAAUCAAGACAGAUUGACGAUGCAUUCGACGGGAUUCUUUUGGUAAACCACAACGACGCAAAGCCAGAUUACACAUUCGAAGCCAAGAAAUUGCCAGAAAUCAAGUUCAACGUCCCUUCCAACGCGAAAAACAACACUUUUGACAGCGAGCUUCGAAAUCAAUUCAGAAACACUCUUCGUCAAUCCUUCGCGAAAUUCGCUGCCAACUGA